GCCACGACGACGGCGUUGUUCCCUGCGGGCGGGGCCGAGCGAGCGCCGCAUCCUGUGCGGGCCCGGAGCUGCCCUUCCCCCUCCGGCCAGGGCCCCGGGCAGCCCCCCGCCCGGCCCGGCCCGGCCCCCCCGAUGCCGCGGAAGGCGCUGGUCUGCGCCCUGGAGCUGGAGCUCCGCUCGGUGACUACUGUGAAUUGAAAUGUCAUGGAAGAGUCACGUGACCUCACCUGUGACCGCUCAAAGUAGCAUACCUAUAUUCUGAUUUACUCAACAUAACGGUCUCUUCCCACGAUCCCCCACCAUAAUUUUUAGACCUUCGGAGACACCUUGCAUGCCAGCUGGCAAAAUGAGGUUGGGAUUAUGGUUGACUUUGCAUGAUAACUUGCCCUGGAGUGUUGCUGAAAGACAAAAGUGAGCUCUAUCUCAGCGCCUGUGUAUUUGGACAGUACAAAAGGACUCAAUGUGUCCCUGCAGCAUUUCCACUCUUCUUAGAAGAGAAACUAGUAUUUGAAAAGGUAUUUACUGAUGUAGUUGAUCCUGGAGAACUUGUUGAGCUACUUGAAUUUGACACAGCAGUGCUUGAACUAAUACAGCUUGUUCCUCCAGUGGGAGAAAUUCUAGCCACUUAUGAAGAAAAUACAAGAGAUUUCCUGUUCCCUGACCCUAAGCUUACUCGUGGACACCAUGGUUCAGAUCGCGAAGUUUUAAUGAAGAGGUCUUCUAGUUUUACAGGAAUUGCACCAAAAUUGAGAUUUUCUACCAGCUCCCUUAUUACAGAAAGCCUGUUAAGUUCAGGAAGGAUUCAUGUACAGGAUAAUUUGGAUUGGGUGCAUCAUUCAACAGCAAAUGGAAGAUUACAAACAAGGUCACCAAAGAAAAACACCCCUUCACCUGAGAAAAACAGGCACUGUUUAGCAACAAAGAACUAUGAGCAGCCCACAAUAGCUUCUAAAUCACGAUCUCCAUCUCCAUACACAAAAAGACGAAUGUGUGAGCUAUCAGAAGAAGCCAGACAACGGCUGGCCCAUUUAAACCUGGGGCCUUUUGAAUUCAGAAGAGAAACUGAUAAACCUCCAUUUGUAAUUAGACGUGUUGAACAUCCGAGCCCCACUGUUGAUGUUCAUACUUGGCGUCCCACCAGAGACAGUGGACGAGAAGCUUGGUCCAGGGUAUCUUAUGAUCCUUCUCUUCUUGGCAGCUAUAGACCCAAGCAUACUAAAAUGAUCAAGUCUCAUCAUGGGAAAGACUUAGAUGGCUCUUCCGACAGCUGUGAUGAGCACCCGAUCUCGGGUACUGCUAGUAGGCAUUUUCAUUCUACUAGUUCAUUAAUACGUUCAGCACCCUCCUCAUUGCAGAAACAUUCCUCAAGUCCUGUACUAAACCGUUCUUCGCUUAGAGAAAGGUUUAACACUGGUUGGUCUACACCAGCAAAUGGAGAAGAGAUCCAUAAACGAGUGAAAAAUAUUUUAAGGACACACAGUGCUAGGCAAAGGCUGACAUUUGAUGAGAGUAACUCAUCGAAAGGAGACUCAAGUAAGACCAGAGAAGUUUCAUGUAAAGACUCAUUAUGUGGCAGUGAACUACAGAGCAGAUUGAUCAUUUUGGCUUUGCUUAUGUUAACAGUUCAUCAGUUCAGCAGAACACCACCGUUCACUUGGAUAAUGGUGAAUAUUGGUCCAACCGUGCAGCUGCGUAUAAAGGAAAACCCCACAGAGCUAUCUUUGAAGACAGCCUGGAGAAAAUAUACAGAAACAUGUACAAAAAAGCUUCUGGCACCAUUUCAAAAAGAAAAAUACACUCCUGAUAGUCUAUACAACCAGAAAUGUACAGUGCACAAGGUUACUAUUUUUAAUGAGAAAUAUUUUUGUGUAACAAAUAUUUGUACUCUUAUUUUUUAACAUGUACUCUUCACUGGGACGAACUCUUAUGGGCUAGUGGGGCUUUGAGGCUGGGACCCCAAAAGCAAAAUGUUAAAAUAAAAAGAAAAUCCGAAACAAUUGAAGGUAAGCAGGCGCAUUGUUCCCUUAAGAAGCUAGGAUGGUGCUCUUUCACCCACCCCCUCGUCGUCUGUUUCAGUUCUGAAGCAGGUGCUGAGUAAGCUGGAUGUUCCUAUCAGUCAUCAGUGCAGGCUUUGAUUGUAGCCAACUCUAUUUCAGUUAUUAGCAAUUUAAUUUAAGUGGUUGAAAGCGACACCUGCCCCGGUGUUUAAAGAGCUAGUGAGAUGAUCAUAGUACAAUACUAUCUGUUUAGAGGGAUUUUUUUAGAAGGAUAAUGUCUGCUCAUUCCAGGUCUGGAAAUGGAGAAGGGAAAAAUUCUGAGAAUAACCCUGUAGCUGUGUUGAAAGUAUUUCCCAGCACUUUCAGCCAUGAACUUUCUAUUAAUGUCAAGCUCUUCUGAAAAUAACUAUCUCUAUAUUGCAAAAAGAAAAGGAGUACUUGUGGCACCUUAGAGACUAACCAAUUUAUUUGAGCAUAAG